ACUUUAAAUAUAGAAUUCAAUGAGUUUGGACAAAUAGAUACAGUCAUGAAACCCUGUGGCUAAAUUAAAGAAAAAGAGUUCUUUGUCUUUAGAGAUAGAUACAUUCUGAAAUAUUUAUAGAGGAGAUAAAAUAGUAGGAAAAUACAGUGAUAAUAAAUGGGAAGAAUUGGGGACCAAUUCUUCCCAUUUCAGGAAGGGACAGAAGGCACUGAUACAGCUAAAGCUGAGCGAUUCUCUGUCCUCUCACUGUGCUGCCGUUUGCUUUAACAGAAGUUUUUGCAAGUUUCUCUGCUGAGAGACAUCUUCCCCGACUGCGCCUGCUAAAAUAACAUCCCUCCCAAGUCACUCCUAUUUGAACUUCUGUGGUCUGUCCCCCCAGCGGGAAUGUGGGCUCUGGCCGAGUGGGAGCCUCUUCUGACCUGUGGUCCUAGGUCCCCACCCCUGGACCCACCCGGCACAUAGUAGGUGCUCAAGAAGCGUUUCUCUGAACGAAUCAAUGAGUGACGAGUGAAUGAAUCUCCCCCACACUCUCAUUCAUUCCUCAUCACGUGUGGGUCACACUCGACACUCCCAGCACUGUGGGCAGCCGCCGUUGUGACAGAGCGAAAGGGCCCCCGGUCCCAACCUCUUUGUCCAGAUGGGGAAACUGAGGCUCGGAGAGGACCAGAUGCUUGCCGGGAGUCUCUCAGCUUGGCAGCCGGAUGGGGUUCAGGACACCCAAGCCCAGGGGCUUCUCUGCCUCGCCCUCCCCCGUCCUGGCUAAGGGGACUCUCGACUGGAGGUGGCUGGGCCGUGACUUCUGUGCGCUCCUGCAGGCUGUCGCUUGGGUGCGGGCAUGGAGAGCUCUGUGGCGGAUCGUGCCCAGGGCGGCCCCUUCCACACGGUCACCCCCACGCUGGAGAGCUGGGCGCUGUCCCAGGUGGCGGGCGUGACUGUCUUCCUCAAGUGCGAGAACAUGCAGCCGACCGGCUCCUUCAAGAUCCGGGGCAUCGGGCAUUUCUGCCAGGAGAUGGCCAAGAAGGGAUGCAGACACCUGGUGUGCGCCUCAGGGGGCAACGCGGGCGUCGCUGCUGCAUACGCGGCUCGGAAGCUGGGCAUCCCUGCCACCAUCGUGCUCCCCGAGAGCACCCCCCUGCAGGUGGUGCGGCGGCUGCAGGGGGAGAGGGCCGAGGUCCAGCUGUUUGGGAAGGUCUGGGACCAGGCCAAUCUGAGGGCGCAAGAGUUGGCCAAGAGAGACAGCUGGGUGAACGUCUCCCCGUUCGACCACCCCUUGAUAUGGGAAGGCCACGCCAGCCUGGUGCGGGAGCUGAAGGCAGCCCUGGGGACCCCGCCGGGCGCCCUGGUGCUGGCGGUGGGGGGCGGCGGGCUCCUGGCGGGCGUGGUGGCCGGCCUGGUGGAGGUGGGCUGGCAGCACGUGCCCAUCAUCGCCAUGGAGACCCGCGGGGCGCACAGCUUCAACGCGGCCGUCAAGGCGGGCAGGCUGGUGACGUUGCCGGACAUCACCAGCGUGGCCAAGUGCCUGGGUGCCAAGACGGUGGCCGCGCGGGCCCUGGAGUGCACACAGGAGUGCCGGAUCCUCUCCGAGGUGGUGGAGGACGCCGAGGCCGUGAGUGCCGUGCAGCGGUUCCUGGAUGACGAGCGUAUGCUGGUCCAGCCUGCUUGCGGGGCGGCCUUGGCAGCCGUCUACUCGGGCCUCCUGGGGAGGCUCCAGGCCGAGGGCCACCUGCAGCCCGGGCUGACGUCAGUUGUGGUCAUCGUGUGCGGAGGCAGCGGCAUCGACAGCCGGGGGCUGCAGGCUCUGAAGACGCAGCUGGGCCUUCCCUGAGCGGCCGCGGCCCGCGGACACCCCCGUGGCCCGAGUUGGGGGGCCUCUGUGCCGCCCGCUUCCUGCAGGAAGCCCUCCCGAACUGCUCCAAUAAACCCGUUCUGAGUUGAGUUUGUAA